AUGUGGAAAAUCAAAGCACAAGAUAAAUUAGUGGAUUUGACGAAAAAACUUGAUAAUGACAAUACCAUUGACUCUAUUAUUCCUAAAGAUAACGACAAAACUGGAGGUUUGCCAAAGGAAAUCGAAAUUUUCGUAGGAGCUAAAGUUAUGCUUAGAACCAACUUAAAUGUAUAUCAAGGACUUGUAAAUGGUGCAAUAGGAAAUAUCACAGAGAUUAACUGGCCCAAUUUUGCUAGAGAUCAACUAUAUGAUGAAUGUAUACCAACAUUAAUUCGCGUCGACUUUGGAAGAGAUGGUAUCCAUAAAAUCAAGCCCAUAUCUAUUCAGUUUCCUACGAUGCGCAGUUAUGGUACUGCUGAGCGUAGAAUAUUGCCAAUAAUUUUGUCAUGGGCAGUAACCGCACACAAGUUAUAG